AUGAACCGUUUUCAAUCUCGCCAGGAGGAAAGACAAGGCCCUACGGCCUUCUUCAGUAAUGCCCAGCGGGCCUUCAGAGGCCUCGACGUCCCGCUGUACGUAAUGAAUCAAUUUUUAAUAAUUCAGAGCAUAUUCAAAAUUUUUUUGAUAUCGUUUUUUAGUUGCGCGCUGCACUUUACAAAAAUUUAUAUUGAUGAUUUAUAUUAUUCUAUGAGAAAAUAUUCGGAUUUUCAGAGAGAAAUCGGUUUUGGACCACCUUCGCAAUGUCUACUCCACCGUGGCCGUUGGAGUCGGAGCCGCGACCGUCGGUGCUGGAAUCCACCUCUUUACGAACAUUUUCCGGUAUUCACUUUUUUUUUUAUAAAAAAGCUUUUCCUUCAAUUUCCAUCGUGCAGAAUAUUAUUUUAACGCUGCUUGAGAAAUUUGAUAAAAAUACAUUUGUUCUUUCGGGCCUGGUUUCAGGUUACAUGGAAAGGUUCAAGGCUUUCACCUUUUAUUUGAGUAAUAAUGGUGCUCAAGUAAAAUAGAAAGAAGGUCUUUUUCAAAGCUUCGGAUCCUGGCCAUGCAAGGACAGACCUUCUUUGAAUUCCGCCGACCCCUCCUUCCAAGUUUCCCUAACUCAAAAUUAAUACUACUUCCCUGAGGCUAAAACUUGUAUUAUUGUUCCCGAAAAUGCCCCUAGGAGGUUGAAAAUUGAUUAUAUUCCUAUUUUUCCAAAAUUUUUGUAAGCCAACUCUUCCUUACUAACUAGGAAACGUUUUUUUUUCUUUUUUUUUCGAGCUACGAAGCUUCAAAGUCCGCAAAUUAUGACAGAAAAGCGCUAUUUCAAGCUUUUGAAAUGCCCUAACUCGAAAGCCAGAACUAUUGCGAGAAUUUUUCAGGAGGGUCUUAAAGUAAACUUCAGCGAAGUUUUAUCAAGAGAUCAACCGCGGUUGAAGCUCCCUAGUAUAGUCUGUGUGCCGCGACUUUAAAUUUCACGAAACGACAUUCCACUGUUCCGCUGCGUACGUUCGCGAAGCGUCGAAUCUAGGCCACGUUUUCAAUUGAUUUUUAUUGCUGUGGGAGCACAUGAAGGUAGAGUACUUCAAUAAAAGAAAAAAAAAAUCGCCAUGUUCCUCGGAAAAAAUUAAAAGCUCGACCAAAGUUCGCAAAAGCGCGCAGCGGCACAGCGGAAUGUCGUUUGGUGAAAUUCCAAGUCGUGAUACACAGGCUAUAAGCUCUGUACAUGCCCAUCUAUGAUCCUGGUUGAAAAUAAGCUAUGAUCUUAAAUCGGGAAACUCACAAAUUAUUGUUCUGAAUUUUCAUAAAGUAAUCAAGGAUGAUGUCCUCGAGAAUCCUAAUAAGAAAUAUUUCAGCGCAAACUUCUUCUUUUCGCUCGGAUCGAUCUUCCUCAUGUAUAAACUCAUCUCUACGCCCAACACUCGCGAGAACCAGCAAAUGCGUCUCGCCAUGUUCCUCGGAUUCUGCGGAAUCACUGGUUCGCCUUUUUUUUUUCACCGAAAACUGUGAAUCCGCUUAUUUUUCCUGAACACGCUUCUCGAACAACUGGAGGUUAAUAUUUUUCAGGUUUGUCCACCGGUCCCCUUCUUGAGCACGUGAUCGCCAUCGACCCCUCCAUCGUCAUGACUGCGUUGCUCUCUUCAACCGUCGUCUUCGGCGCGUUCACUCUAGCCGCUCUCUAUGCCCCCACUACCAAGUUCAUCCAUCUCGGAGGUUUCCUUUUUGACACAGAAACCUUUCAAACAUGUUGUACUCGAAUAAAUGCAAUAUACCGCGACUUCUCUGAGUCCUCAUCGUCUCUCGACGACCCUCUCUUUUUGACACGCUGUUUUCGCGUUUCCUCGCCAGUGAGGGAACAGAGAGACGCAGACACUCGAAAACUGUCAAGUCGCGACAGACGGACUAUACCUUUUCGAGUCAACUCUGAUAAAAUUUACCGAAAUUUGACUAUUUUUCGCAUAAAACUUCGACUUACGACGUAAAAAAAAAUGUGCUUUCUUAGGUACAUUGGCGUCGGCGUCGCUGGUCCUGCUCAUCUCAGCCUUCUUUGCCCCCUACAAGCUGAUUCUCUUCGCUGGUCAGUUGACUGCACCCUUCGAAACUUAACAUGGCCUGUUCCAGGACUGGCCCUCACUGUCGGCUUCAUCCUCUACGACACCCAGAUGAUCGUCGAGAAAAACCGCCGCGGCGACGACGACUACGUCUGGCACUCCGUCGAGCUUUUCAUCGACUUUGCCAAUAUGUUCCGGUAAGUUUCUCAUGAAAGUUAUGGAGGAAGUUAGCUGGCAACUGAAUCUCACUUUUAGGUUCUUAUUUUUUCGUCUAUUGAACUUCCAAAGUGGUCCCUAUAAGGGCAACCUUAGAUACAUUUCCAGAGUACCCUCUAGGGAGCACUUUACCAACCACAAUAGGAACCACUGAAGCUUGAAAAAAUAGUCUUUUCAGGGGUUUUAGUUAGUGGCCCCUAUAGGGGACAUGUUAAUCGAUAAUUGUUAUGGACUCUAAGCGUAGAAGCAUUUUCACGGGAAAAACUGAAUAAAUGAACGUUUUUUGAAUUCAAUUGAGAGACCCCUAUAGGGUCCACUUAAGCUUUAGAUGCUAAGGAGUCAGACCCUGAACCCCCACAGGGACCACCUUGAUUUUACCUCUAUAGGGACUAUUUUUUCGGCCCCUAUAGAGGCGGUUCUUCACCCUAACCUUUAUAGACACUAGUCUGGAAUUCUCAAAUUCCUCUCUGGAUAGUCUCAAUAAUACAAGUUCCCCUUGUACUUUAUGUUCGUCGACUACAAGUUUAGGUUUUUCUCUCUGAAUAGAAUUGUAAAUGAGGGUAGUAGUUAUGACUGAAAUUGAAAAACAUAACCCCAUUUUUGAACCAAUUGAAUUGUCUUUUCUGUUGUCUCUGAAGACCAAUUUUUUGCAGUCACAUCCUGAUCAUUCUUGCCGACAAGCGCCGUGCUGAAGACAACAACCGCAACAAACGUCGCAAUUAG